CAAAAUAUUUAUAACUGUUUUUAAUUUAACAUAUUGUAUACCCUAUGAAUAGUCACUGUACCUAGUAGUUUUUCAAAAAAAAAAAAUCGUGGGUAGAUAAACAAAAUUGACUUGUCAAACGCGCGUGGGAACAUGCCGACUGUGGGUGUGGCGUACUUUUCAAUCUCACGACGUCACUGCCAAGCAUUCAAAUCCAAACCCCGCUACCUUCAAUCAUUCAAAUCUCUCGACUCUCCCCUGUUUCUUUCUUUAAUCUCUCCCUUAUCCUUUUCCCUAAUACCACUCUCUGCACUGCACUCUGCUGGGGACUGAAUUGAUUUCAAUUCCUUGAAAUUGAACCAAAGCCCACUUCACUGUCUUUGCUACUUUACCAAAUGAAGUUCCUUACUCCUUCUUCCUCCAUCUCCUCAGCUUCCGCCGCCGCCGCCGCCCCCUUGGAUCGCAAUUUGUCCUCUCCAAAGAGUGAUGCCUUCGGGUGUCUGGCCGGCGUCAUACGCCGGCUUCUCUGCUCCGGCAGCGUCCCGACUUACCCCUCUGAUCACAUCAAGGAAGCACCCCCACUUGAGAGUGGUAAGCUUCGAGAGUGGGGGGGCAAUGAAGAGAAGAUGGAGGCUCCGGCGACGCCGGGGAUCGUUGCGAGGCUCAUGGGGUUGGAGUCCAUUCCGGACCGCAAUUCGGGUUCGACCCAAACGGCCCCAAAUUCGAUUGCGCGAAGCCGAUCGAUGAAUUCUGCUGAUCGGUGGGGCGGCUCUGCCCCAGAGCAGGGGAUGCAUCGGCGGGUGAAGACCUCGUCUUCGUCGUUUCGGGAGAUGCCGGCCUUCUUUGAGUUGGAAAAUGAGGAGUUCUUUCUGCUUAGCUUCGAGAGUAAAAGCGAAACCAAGGAAGUCUCAUCGAAGAGGAGGAAAUCUGAAGUGGGUUUUGGAGAAUUGAAGCAGAGGAAAACAGAGAGGAGUAAAAAGAAGGAUGACAGAGCAGCGAUGGUUGCAAAAAAAGAAGAGAAGGAGCAAGAGAUCAGCAACAAAGCAUCAAGUGAGAAGGAGAAUUCGAGUAGAAUUAUAUCCCAUGAACCUUCUAAAAUAUCUCCAAAUAGUGAGAAGCUUAAAGAUUCAGAUGAGGCUAAAUUAAGAGAGAAGAGGAAUAAGAAUUGCUCCAAGGAUGAUGGAGCAGAAGCAGAGAGCAGUUCAGAGAAUUCCAGUCCAGUCUCUGUUCUCGACUGUGGAGAAUUCCUCAGUGAUUUCAAAGUCCAUUCUUCAGGGGAAGAUUCAAGGCUGGCGAUUUCAAAUCCGAGAAGAAAAUUAUCAACUGAACUUGAAGAUGACUUCCAUGGCGGCUCUGAAGUCAAGGAAAUUGAAGGGAAGUUUCUUACAGAGAGAAAGAAAGAACGCCAAAAGCAGGACUGCUCGAGCAUGUGGGAUGAAAUUUGCAAGUUGAUUGCAGGAGACAUGAUGGGAUCCAAUUGGGCAUUCGAGAAAUUGAUGAAGCUUGAAGAUUUUGAAGAUGUCGGUGUAAAUUUAGGGUUACAAGUUUUGGAUCAAUUGUUAGAGGAGCUGGUGGAUCAAUUGGUAAAUUAAAUGAAAAUUUUUGAGUUGUAAGACAUUUAAUUAGCUUUGUAAAUUUUGUAUUGAAGAUUGUAAAUUAUUCUAUGAAAAUCAGCCUCCAUUUGCAUUUGAAAAGAAAA